AUGACUUAAGAUUGCAGUCCAUAAAAUGUUGAUACUGAGAAUAAUUAACUUGGUAAUUUCAACUAAAAGUAAGAUGAGCCUCAAAUUUAGCUAAACUCAUAAGAUUCUAAUUCUAAAAAGCCAAUCUUUAAAAAUAAAUUUAAAUUCGUUGUUAUGAUUUUUCAUACUAGUAUAAAUAUUCUACAAUAUGCUGUCUGUCUCAGCUUGUUAAAUACUAUAUUAGUGUAACUUCCUACUGUGCUGCAUUGGAAAGAUUCAGAAAUUGAUGCCUUUACAGGUUUAGUUAACUCAGCAAACACUGCAGGAGCAGCUAUUGGAUGUAUUUCAUCAGGUUAUUUGAGUGCUUUGUAUGGUAGAAGAACUUUGUUUAUUGUUGGAGAUAUAUUCUGUAUAAUUGGAUCUGCUAUUAUGCUUAUAUAAAAUACUGGGUCUUUUGUAUUUGGAAGAUUUAUUUGUGGUAUUGGUAUGGGUAUUCUUGUUGAUCUAGCUGUGUUAUUCGUUAUUGAGUAUACAUAUUAUAGAUAUAGAGGUUACACUGGAGCACCUAUGGUAUGCUUUACUCCUAUUGGUCUUAUUAUUUCUUCUUGCAUAGGCUUGGGCGUUGAAAACGGUGGAGAUUAAUACUGGAGAAUUGUUAUCGCCAUACCUGGUAUGAUUAGUUUAUUCCACUUGUUGACCUAUAAAUUAAUGUGUCCUCAUGACUCUCCAUACUAUAUUUACUAAAAGUAUAGAGAUGAAGAAAAGGUUAUGUAGAUUUUAUCUGAGUAUUAUCAUGAAGAUGCAGCUAAAGAUAUCCUAAAUAAGAUUAAAGAAGCCAUUAUUGCUCAAACUAAAGAAAAGGCCAAAAAGCAUUUAAAUCUUUUAGAUUUAAUUAAACAUUCUGGUUACAGAAUGAGAUUAUUUGUUGCUAGUCUUUGUGUUUUCAGUGUAAACUUCUCUGGUUAUUUUAUCAUCACUGUUUAUACAAAUAUAAUUAUUAUGAAGGAAACUAACGAUAACCAAUACGCUACUUAUUUCUCUCUAUAUACAAGUUUAGCAGAUCUCUUUUCUGUAGCUUUAUCUGUUUUUGUAAUUGAAAGAGUUGGCCGUAAAUUUUUAUAUUAAUCUGGUUAAUUAUUUUGUGCAAUUAUGUUAUUAAUAAUUGGAUUCCUAGCUCAUUAUGGUACUGAUUAACCAAUUAAGUUCCUUCUAAUUGUUUUCAAAAUUGGAUUUGGUUUAACUAUUUCUCCUCUCUAUCCUAUCAUCCUUUCCGAGCUUGUCCCUGAAGUUGGGUUUGUUGUAACUAGUAUAGUCUUUUGGGUCUUAAAUACUGCUAUUGUUCAAUCUUUCCCAUCUUUAAUAGCUUCAGAAUUAGGAUUCGAUGGUAUGUUUUGGUUGUUUGGAGCUGUUAUGUCAGUGAUAUUUAUUUUGUUAGCUAUCUAUAUGAAAGAAACUAAAGGAAAAACUUAAUAUGAAAUUUAUGAUAUGUAUACCAACCCUAAAAAAUCCUCAUCUUAAACAAAAGUCAGUUCUAUUCAAGAAUUACCUAUAAAAUAAGUUAGUUCAACUGAAAAUGAUAGCUGA